CCGACGCGCGCCUGCCUCCGAGGACGACUUCGACCCUGCUUCCUCGGGACGCUGGACGGACGACGACUGUGCACGCGUAGCUUGGGUGUGAUUGGGCCGCGAUGAGCUCGACGCCGUUACCAAAGCAGCCGCCGAGCUUCUUCCCCACCGCCGCGCUCGACCAUGCCGCCGCAGGCAUCGGCGCCGGCAUCGUCAACACCCUCUGCAUGAACCCCCUCGACCUCCUCAAGGUCAAGUUCCAGGUCGCCACUACUGCCUCAUCCGGCGGCGUCGGCACCCAGAUCUGGCACGCGCUCAAGGACAUACAAAGAACGCAGGGCUGGCGAGGCUUGUACCGCGGGCUAGUACCAAAUAUCGCGGGCAAUGCGAGUAGUUGGGGGCUGUACUUUUUGUUCUACAACAUGCUCAAGAAACGCGCCUCCGGCGGCGAUCUCACGAAACCCCUCUCCGCCUCCGAGUACCUCCUCUGCUCCGCACAAGCAAGCGCCGUCACCGCGAUCAUGACGAACCCGCUCUGGGUCGUCAAGGUCCGCAUGUUCACGACCCCGGCGGACGCGCCGGGCGCGUACCGCGGGCUGUGGGACGGCCUCACCACCCUCGCCCGCACCGAAGGUCUCCCCGGGCUCUUCCGCGGGACCACCCUGGCUCUUUUUGGAGUCAGUAACGGGGCCAUACAGUUUAUGUUGUAUGAGGAGAUGAAGGGGUGGGCGUUUGGGAGGCGGAGGAGGAGAGUUGAACAGGAGGGCGGGGUGUGGGAUCCGAGUGUGGAGAAGUUGUCCAACACCGCGUACACGCUCAUGUCCGGCACCUCCAAGCUCGGCGCGCUCGUGAGCACGUAUCCCUAUCAGGUGGUGCGGUCGAGGAUGCAGAACGACCCCACGGGCGCGACGUACCCGACCAUACCGGAGACCAUCAAACGCACGUGGGCGAGGGAGGGCGUGCGGGGGUUUUAUCGGGGGUUGGGCACAAACAUCGUCCGCGUCCUCCCGGGCACGUGCGUCACGUUUGUCGUGUACGAGAAUCUGGCGUGGGCGUUGAGGAGGGCGGCGGUGGCGAGGGAGGGGAGGGUACACGACUAGGCGGGGAGGAAGGGGUGUGAGGG